AUGAAAAUUAUAAAAAUAAUUUUUAAAUUAUGUCUUUUGCUAAUUGCACAACCCAUAGCAGCACUUGAUGAUCAAUUCCAAUACUCCAACAAUUCAAAUGUUGAAAGCAGGUUUCAAGCUCAUAUCGAUUAUUUAAAAGAAAAUUUGCCCCACGAAGAUUUAUUUAGAGUCAAUGAAAUUAGACCUCUAGUGUUAAUUACAGAAGCUGGAGUUCCAUUGAAUUUUAAUACUUACUUGACUAUGAAUGAGGAAAUUACACAUGUCGGGCAUUUCAAUGUUAGUUUUGGAAUCACUAAGAAACGAAUUGUUAAUAAAUCACAAUUGAUAACGGCAAUGCAAAUACCUCGGCCACUUGAUGACGUAUUGAUUGAUGAAAGCUCACUAUUAGAGAUUACCUUAACAUCACCUGACUCAAUUGAGACUUCCACUAUUGCAGAAGCUUUACCUUCCUCGGGUUCGUUGUUCAAUAUGGUACCAGUAAAAACAUUCACACCGGCCACCACAACUGCAACUGAAUUUACGAAUUACCAUGGGCAUGCAAAACAUUUUGAUGCAAUUGCUGAAAUAAAAAGAUUGGAGCUGUUACUUUUAUCAUUAAAAAGUCAAAUGGUUCAACAACAAUUAUACUUUAAGAAACAGUUUUUAAGAUUUCAGGCAUUACAUGGAAUAAAAACAAAUCUUGCUCUGCAAUUGAAGAGAACAAUUUCAAAUCCAUCUAUUUCUGCUACAUUUGCUUUACCUACAAUAACUCCAGCUCCAAGUUCAACUGCGUUGUUUGAUGAAGUUCAAAACAGCAAAAAUUAUAAUGAAAUGGAUUAUGAAUUUAUCGAGAAAAUGAAUGGUAAACGAAUAAUGGGUCAAAAAAAUCCUCCAAACUCAGUGUUCAUUGAACCUCAAUUUCAAAAUCAUAAAAGACCAAUACCAAAUAAGAAAGUAGAAUAUUAUAAACCCAAGAUUGCAUGGAAUGAAUUAUCAUCGGAUUCAUCAUUAUCAAAUGAUAUUAGUCCUGAAAAUUACCACGAGGAAGAAAAACCAAUGGAGUCAAAUCAAGAUGAUGAGUUUGAGAUCAAUCAAGCUUUCGAUGAUUAUUUUCCGUCGUUGAAUGAUAAUAUUCUUCAGUCUGUACACUUAAAUGAUGACUAUUUAUUCAAUAAUAACCCAGAGGUAAAUCCUGCAAGUGAUAAUCUCAUGGUAAAUGGAAUAGAGCUGGAAUCUUUACAAAAUGCAGGUCACUCACUUGAAGAUACAAUUCCAAGCAAUUACGCACCCCUCAGAAAGGAUCAAGUUGGAAGUGAAUAUUCGAAAUCAGAUGGCACUAACAUAAAUCAAUUUGACACUGGUACAGAAAAUGGAGAUUUUAGAUAUGAACCUUUAAAAAUGGAAGAACCAUUGCAGUUUGUUGAUGAAGAUGAUUUGCUACAAAUCAAUGAUAACUCGGAAGAUCAUAACAGGGAACAGGUCUUGAGAACUCCUAGUAUUAUACCCGAAAAGAUAUCAAAUCAAAUAGAAAAUGAUAAUUUAAAUAAUUUUGCAAAAAAUGAAAAACCUCAUACACAUCAGUUCAAGGAUCAUAGAGUGAUGAAUUAUGAUACAACCACGAAUGUAAAAGAUAUUCAUAGUAAUAAUUAUCUAAGAAAUAGAAGGAAAAAAAAAUUAAUUGGUAAUAAACCAAAUCAUAAAAGUUAUGAUUUCGAUGUAUUUGAUUUUGACAAAUCUAAUUCUAAAAAUGAUAAUGCAAUUGUAAAAAGAAGUUCAAUAAUAACUUAUUUUUGGUUAUUUUUAAUAUCGAUGAUAUAA